CUGGCGCGGCUGCAGCGGGCAGCAUGGCGAGCACUGCCUUGGAGAUCAUCGCCUUCACGGUCUCUAUCUCGGGCUGGUUGCUGGUGUCUUCCACGGUGCCCACCGACUACUGGAAGGUAUCCACCAACGACGGCACGGUCAUCACCACCGCCACCUUCUGGGCCAACCUGUGGAAGACGUGCGUUACCGACUCCACGGGCGUCUCCAGCUGCAAGGACUUCCCCUCCAUGCUGGCGCUGGACGGUUAUAUCCAGGCAUGCAGAGGACUUAUGAUUGCUGCUGUCAGCCUGGGCUUUUUUGGUUCCAUAAUUGCCCUAUUUGGAAUGAAGUGUACCAAAGUCGGAGGCUCCGAGCAAGCCAAAGCUAAAAUUGCUUGUUUUGCUGGGGUUGUAUUCAUACUGUCAGGGCUAUGCUCCAUGACCGGUUGUUCCCUGUAUGCAAACAAAAUCACAACGGAAUUCUUUGAUCCUCUCUUUAUUGAUCAAAAGUAUGAAUUAGGAGCUGCUCUGUUUAUUGGAUGGUCGGGAGCCUCACUCUGCAUAAUUGGUGGUGUCAUAUUUUGCUUUUCAAUAUCUGACAACAACAAAACACCCAGAAUGGGAUACGCAUACAAUGGGCCCACAUCUGUCAUGUCUUCUCGGACAAAGUACCACGGUGGAGAAGGAGACAUUAAAACCACAAACCCUUCUAAACAGUUUGAUAAAAACGCUUACGUCUGAAAACAACACUGCUACAAGCCGCGUCUUGAGUUUGCUACAAAGGUCACACCGUGGUAGCAGAAAAGUCCCUGGACUUGGAUCUAGAGGCCCCAGACCAGGCAGUCACAAGUUUCUGUGUACAGACCAUCUAAUAUCUGCAAGCCUCAAGUCAUAUACAGGACAGGAUUCUGAAAAGCUGUCGAGUUUGAAAAGCAUGUGACGUAGU